CCGAGUGUCAGUAACGUGACGAAAGGAAAGACUACCAAGAGGAUUGAGGAGGAUCACAGUUUACAGCGUGAUGAAAAGAUUUUGAGAGAUUAUUUUCCCUUCACUGCGAGAGUAUCUUCUUGUGAGCUAUUUUUCAGCGAAUGAGGAACUCCACUUAAAAUUGGAAAGCAAACUUCAGGGGGAAAAAAAUGGCACAUCUGCACCUGAGAUACCUGCUGGUUUUGGCCUUAGUGCACGCAGUUCUGUCCUCUGGUGUGUUUGAGCUGAAGAUUCAUUCCUUCCACACGGCGCAGCGGAUCUGCAGAAGACACAGAGACUGUCAUAUUUUUUUCAGAAUUUGCCUGAAACACCCAGAGGAUGUGAUCUCCGCGGAGCCGCCCUGCACCUUUGGUACCGGGCACACCAACGUCAUCAGGGCCGACCACACCUCGAUCUCCAGCAGCGCUCCCAUCAGGGUGCCUUUUCACUUCAAGUGGCCGGGAACAUUUUCGUUGAUCAUUGAAGCCUGGAACGCUGAAUCUCCCACAGAAUACACCGACAAUCAGAACAACCUCGUGAGCCGCCUGGCGACCAGGAGGAGACUUGCCAUCGGGGAAGACUGGUCCCAGGACGUGCACUUCGGCGAGCAGAGCGAGCUGCGGUACUCCUACCACGUCUUCUGCGACGAGUACUACUUUGGAGACGGCUGCGCUGACUACUGCAGGCCGAGGGAUGACACGCUGGGCCACUACACCUGCGACGAAGAGGGCAACCGCAUCUGCCUGGAGGGCUGGAAAGGAAACUACUGCUCUGAACCCAUCUGCUCGGCGGAAUGCAGUGAGAGGCAUGGCUACUGUGAGGCCCCAGGGGGCUGUACGUGCCGCAUGGGCUGGCAGGGCCCUUCCUGCAAUGAAUGCGUCCGCUACCCAGGCUGCCUCCACGGGACAUGCAGCCAGCCGUGGCAGUGUAACUGUCAGGAGGGCUGGGGGGGCCUCUUCUGCGACCAGGACUUGAACUACUGCACCAACCACAAACCAUGCGCUAAUGGUGCAACCUGCACCAACACGGGCCAGGGCAGUUACACUUGCAACUGCCGGCCCGGCUUUGGAGGUACAAACUGUGAGCUGGAAACCAACGAGUGUGACAGCAACCCCUGCAAGAAUGGAGGCAGCUGCAACGAUCUGGAGAACGACUACUCCUGCACCUGCCCUCAGGGAUUCUAUGGUAAGAACUGUGAGAUCAUUGCCAUGACGUGCGCAGAUGGUCCCUGCUUCAAUGGAGGCACCUGUGUGGAGACAGUGACCGGAGGCUACACCUGCCGCUGCCCUCCCAGCUACACCGGCUCCAACUGUGAGAAGAAGCUGGACCGUUGCAGCAACAGGCCCUGUCUAAAUGGCGGUGAGUGUCUGGACCUCGGCCAGAGCAUCUUGUGCCGCUGUCAGGCAGGCUUCACAGGUGCCAACUGCCAGGUCAACAUUGAUGACUGUGCCUCGAGCCCCUGCCAGAAUGCUGGAACCUGCCAAGAUGGUGUAAACGACUACACCUGUUCCUGCACUCUGGGAUACACUGGCAAGAACUGCAGCGUGCGCUCGGACGCCUGCGGAGCCCAUCCCUGCCAGAACGGUGGCACUUGCUUCACCCACUUCACUGGGCCUGUGUGCCAAUGCCCUAUGGGCUUUAUGGGUCCCAGUUGUGAGUUCACGCUUCAGCCCAGUUUCAAGCCAGCUUUGCGCCAAACCUCCCAACCCUCCUCUACUACCCUCACCCUCUCCUGUGCUCUGGCUAUCCUGGUACUGGUUCUGGUUGCUGGGAUCCUCUUCUUGAGGCGGAGGAGGAGGAGAAUGCAGGGAAGGAAGCAGCUAAGAGACACUGCAGUUUAUAAUGACUUGGAGACGGUCAACAACCUGGGAGGCAGCGAAAGAGAUGCCUUCCUUGGCCCCAACGGCCUCUUCAAGAUCAGCAACAGCACAGCCCGCCUCAGCCUCUCCCUGUGCCCGGACAGCAGACCAGGGUACAGGCACAACCCUGUGGAGAACAGCCUCUCCAGAGGGGAACGUCAGGACUUCAUGUGGAGGGAUGAGGCAGGGCUGAGAUGAAAAAAUAAAAAAGCAUGGCUGUUGAAACAGGAAAAGAAACAUGUUAGCACUUGUUGCUCUUCUUUCUUUAUGUACAGUGAGGGAAGGAGCAAAUCCAUGAGAUGGAAACCUUUCAUGCUCAUAAACCAAUAUGCCAUUUUAAAAAGCAACAUUGUGACAAAUGAACUGUUCUGAUGAAGAUGAUUGAGAAGGUACAUGGGGCAAAGCUCUUCCAUGCAUAAGACCCAAAGAGACAAAUAAUAUGAUUCACUGUUCAUAGGACCUACAACACAAACCAAAUACAGGAAGAUACAAAUAUUCUGACCACCUUUGGAAAACUGGCCCGGAUGUGUUUUACUGGGUUAUUCUUUUUAAUAUGUUCACUGUUUCUUUUUUUUUAAAAAAACACUGAAUUUUUCUUUUGCUUUUCAAUCUUCCUUUUGCCAUUAUUUCCUUAUUGUGUGUACCAUCAUUUUUUUUAAUUCUUUAUAUUAUUAUUUAUUUAUUUGAAAACUUGUGUUUAUGGCUUCACUUUGUCGCAGAUGUAGAGAUAUAUAUUUAUAUGAUGCUGAAUGAAGAUCGAUGCGUAAUGCUGGAUCUGGAUGUUUUGUGGGCCGUGUGAGAUAUCCCAAAGAUAUGAUGGGCAGGGAUAUAAAGAGAAUGUGCUUUAUCACAUAAAGUCAGCCAUCACUGUAAUUUAUAUAAAUAUACAAAAUAAUAUAGUACUGAUGUUCAUGUGCCAUUUUAUGUUCAUGCCAAAGUUUGUGUUAUGUUACAGCUAUCCAUUCAUAUUAUUUAAGUUUAUUAUGUCAUGUUGU